UCCAUCGUUCUCAUCUGGAUCCACCACCAACUCAAUCUUGAGCCUGUGGCAAACUCGUGGGCGUGUCUCCCCAAGAGCCAUCCAAGGUGUUGGGGCUGUUUUCCCUGCUUCAGAGAAAGGGAACUGAAACGUGGCCAAGGUCAUGCAAGGAAAUCUGUGCUAGAUUAGCACCUGAGUCGUUCGUUCUGGUCACAGAAACGCUCAUUUCAUCAACUGACAUCUGAGCAGAACCUUGAAUCAUAUGCCCGUAUGGAAGAUGGAGCUAUUUCUGGUGUUGGUCCUACUCCCUUAAGCUCAGUGAGAACCUGGCCCUGAUUCUGCUGUCGUGCUGGUGUGGAAGAGCAAUUCAACUGGUGUCAGAGGAUAUCCACUGUCAUAAAUCUAGUCAUUUUGAAGCGUUGCAAACUUCCUGCAGAACGUACAAGCCCCUACCCUGAGGAACUUUGCAGCAAAGCAUACGGGUCAAAUGCAUGGAGAGCAGCUCUCUUCGGUCCUACCAACCUGUGCCAAGGAAAGCGAUAAUGGUGGUGUGAGCAGGGUAUGUAUGGGGCGGUUGGCUCUGCUCAGUGGGACAGAUACAUCACUGAACAACUGAGAACAGAAGAACAUCCUCUAAGUGUGUGCGUCUGGCAGCAACGGGAUGGGUGUGGAGCGGGGCUGCUUCUGCUGUUCUGUACACAAAACAAGGAGGCAGGGAAGAUGGCCACAGAGGCACCUGGGUCUGGGGAAGGGGAGAGCUACGAGAGAACCAAGGCUGGUGGUUCACUGAACACAGUGAGUGAAAACUCCUGCCUGGAGCACAAAAACUUGCAAAGCAAAGCUCCUCUACAUUGCUGAUGCUCGGUGGGAUCAUCAACAGAAGCGAGGGUUCUAACAGGCAGCAGUGCGGGCUUCCUCAGACACAGCUAGCUCCAGCGUACUCUGCAUCCUACCUGUUACACCCAGCUCUGCAGUUCAGAGGGUAGGAUUCUUCCUGCGCAGUCGAUCCUACUCAGCAUCCCAAGCAGAGACCUCUCCGAGAUGUCAGGUAUUAGUCCGGAGGGGCAGAUCUGCGAGCCACACAGCAGCUCCCGGGUCUACGGUACAUUAGCCUCUCCGUGGGAGAGGGAUCCCAGACAGCUCUGCUGGGGAGCCAGCCCAGGAGAUUUGUUAGCGGGCUGCUCCGGGGGAUACCAGCCACCUCCGGCACCCGAGCGCCAAAGGUGCUUGUGUUGCUGCUGCUGCUGCUGCUGCUGCUGGCGCAUUUCAUCCAAACUCCAGCCAGAGCGGGGGCAAGUUGAACCGGAGACAUUAGAGCCACUGUGCUUUGGAGAGACGAGGGCGCACGGGGAGCGCGGCGGCACCAUGCCUGCUAUCAAGAAGGAGCGACUUGACAGGGAAGAGAUGGCCCUGGCAGCCUUUAACCAGCCCAUGGAAACCUUACCUGACUAUCUCGCCCCUCUGGCCGCCGCUGCCAUUCCGGUGGUCACCCCGCACCCGCCGGCUUACGACCAGAUCUUUGCCCACCGCGCGUACCUGGGCUUCCACGAGACCCACCACCCCCACCCCCCGCACCCCCCCCACCCCCACCACCUCCCCGAGGACCUGAUGCUGGAGAGGUUUUCCUCCAUCCCGGAUUUCCAGCCCUUCUUUGACAACGGAGAGCCUUGCAUCGAGGUGGAGUGCGGGGAGAACAAGGCGCUGCUCUACAUCAAUAAGUUGUGCCAGGGGAGCAAAGGACCCUCUAUCCGGUACCGGGGAGAGUGGCUCACCCCCAACGAGUUCCAGUUUGUCAGCGGCAGGGAGACGGCCAAGGACUGGAAGCGCAGCAUCAGGCACAAAGGGAAAAGUUUGAAGACUCUUAUGUCCAAAGGAAUCUUACAGGUACAUCCUCCAAUCUGUGAUUGCCCUGGGUGUCGAAUUUCGUCUCCAGUGAGGGUGGUGGAAAGAGGUAACGGUGCUGCCAUACGGUGUGUGAUGGCGAGGAAGGUGCUCUCUUGGAGGAGUUGGCAAACUGAGAAGUGGAGCCCUGUGAACCGGGGUCGCCUGGCAGAGAAGAGGACGAUCCCCUUACCUCCAACCAGGAUCCCGAAGAAAGAGCUGACCUCAAUUUUCUCGCAUAGUGACGACAGUGAAGAGAGUGACAAGAGCAAUGGUCAACACCCUGAAGUAAAGCAGGAGGAGGAUCUCCAUAUCAGUAUCAUGAAAAGAAGGAUACACACCCACUGGGAUUUAAACAUCUCCUUCCGAGAGACCUCUUGCAGCCGUGAUAACGACCUUUCCACUAUCAUCUCGAACCUGCAUCAGAGCCGUCAACUCGUUAUGCCAGAGACCCAGAGCCGCUGUGAAUUCAAGAGAAACAGCAUCGAGGUUGGCUUAGGAGCAGCAGAUGAAAUUUUAGGCAAGAGAAGAGUAUGUUCUCCCAACAGCAGCAGUGAGUGUCCUUUAGAAAGCAAGAAAGCCAGAAGUGAGUCCCCAAAGGAAAACUCCCACACGCCUCUGCUCGAGGACUCGGUGACUCAGAUGACCCCGGAGGAGCACUAUAGACGCAUGAUGUCAGCACUGAACGAACACGGCACGUUUGAAGAGCAGCAGCAACAACGUCUCUACCAGCUGGCCAACAGCAUGGCGGUGCCCAGCCAUGGAGAUCUCCUCCGGGCGCGGCAAGAGGUGGCGGCGGCGGCGGCGCGCAACCCCGGCGCGAUGGAAGCGCACAUCCCCUCGGCCAGCAACUCUUCCAGCCAGCGGAGGAAGCAGGGGCUCCCCCAGCACAGAGACACCCACUUCCCCGAGAGGGAGAUAUCCCACCCACCACCUCUGCUUUCACCCCAGAAUGCACCCCAUAUUGCCCUGGGGCCCCACUUGAGACCUCCUUUCCUUGGGGUGCCUUCGGCUCUGUGCCAGACACCAGGUUACGGGUUCCUACAGCCGGCACAAGCAGAGAUGUUUGCACGGCAGCAAGAGAUGCUACGAAAGCAAAACCUGGCAAGGUUGGAGAUGUCAGCCGAGAUCAUCCGCCAGAAGGAGCUGGAGAAUCUCCACAGGCAAAGGCUACUGGCUGGUGACCCGCUGAGCCUGCACCCCGGCUUGCCCCCGGACCACCCGGCCCUGCGCAACGUGCACGACAUCCCCGAGGGCCACCCGCUGCGGGAGGAGCUCUCCCGGAGGAACGCCAUGCUGGUGCUGCGGCACAAUAACACUCCCCUGCUCUCCCUCAACCCCAGCGUCCCCAGCAGCGCCACGCCGCCCAAGGAGCAGCCCCGGCGGGGCAGCCGGAAAUCGGCACACCACCGCGCGGAGCCGCAGGGGCUGAGCGAGGCCAAGGAGCUGGCGGAGCCCCGGGCGCGGGAUGGGGUGCCAGACUGUAACGAUGAGGAGAUGAAGGACUCUGAGAGUGACGCGGAUGUGAGCGACGAGAAGCCGGAGAGCCUGAAGGCUGAGAGCAGCAGCUCGGCCGCUGAGCUUAAGGAGUGCAAAGAGACGGGCAAAGUCUGUGAAGGGGCCAAGGAGCUGGGUGAAGCGGCUGCUGGCCAAAAUGCCCCCUGCAGCUCCUCGAGCGCCGAGUCCCCCAGCCAUUUGCUUGGCCCAGGCAUCAACAAAAACGAGGUGAAAUAUCUCCCGCCAGCCUCCAUCCCACCGCCUCAGCCGCUGCCCUUCGGAUUCCCUUACACGAUGAGCCCCUACUUCCACGCAGGCACCAUGGGAGGUCUGUUUCUGGAUGGUGAGGAAAGCCCUGCGCUGGAAGACAUCAGCAAAUGGACGGUGGAGGAUGUGUGCAGCUUUGUGUCCAACUUGUCUGGCUGCACCGAGUACACUCAGGUAUUCCGAGAGCAGGCGAUCGACGGCGAGACCCUGCCCCUCCUGACGGAAGAGCACUUACUGAACAAUAUGGGGCUGAAACUCGGCCCUGCACUGAAGAUAAGGUCACAGGUUGCCAAGAGAGUGGGCAGAGUUCUGUACAUGGCAGGCUUCCCCAUGGCUUUCCCACUGCAGCCUCCGGGUCUACGGCCACCGGAGCGGGACCUGCCCGCGGCUGAGCUCCGGCCAUCCUCCACGGGCAGCGUGGCCUCCCCUUUCAGCAGUGGCCUGCCCUCCGCCAGCCGCGUCUCACCAAAGCAGGAAAACGGAAACCCCUCCAUCAUUGCUGGGAUCAAUGACACCACGAAACCUCCAUCUUAACUGCAGGACAGCUCUUGACUGCUUCUGGAACUGAGAUUCAGUUGAACAAACUGAAGGUAAUGCAUUUUGAGAGACCAGGAGAGCCUCCCUCAGCAGUGUGAGACACAGGAGUGAGGAAGGGAGGUUUUUAAUUUUUUUGGAUGCAUUUGCUUUUUGUUUAAAAAAGAAAAAAAAAACAAACAAAAACAACAAACCACAGAAGUUUUAAAAACUGUAAAAAGGGAAGGGAAGAAAACUAUCCAAAGAUGUACUGAGACAACGCGAGUGAAGAGAAAGAAAAUGAUUCCGGAGGAUGGCAGCAGCAUUCCCAUUCCCUUUCACACCCCUUCUCGCUCACCUCCCUGAGAUGGAGAGCCGUGGACAGGGAACGAACGCUUUCCUUUGUCUUCAAAGACCCCCACGGCUUUCGGGAACUCUGGGGGGUGACUCCCAGCAGGGAGGGGGAACAGGCACUGCUCCUCCCAAUGGUACUCAGCACCCCUGAGCAAAAAAACCCAUCAAAAAGGAAACCUCCUCCUCCCUGGAAACUGUCCUUAGUUCCUCAUUCAGGUGUCUAUGCAUCUCUAGCAACUUUACAAUACCAAAGACAGACAAAAAGAAGAAAAAAAAAAAGAAAAAAAGAAAAAAAAAAAGGCAGGUUCCGGUCCAUGUUUACUUCCGUGUGGGUGGUACGGCACAGGCGGCUCCGUGCUGCCCCUCGGGCCGGGGCUGCCCUCUUCCCUGGCACGUUGUCCCUUUCGGCACACACAGAGAACGGACUCUGCCUGUGCUCCAGCCCUGCAGAGGUUUUGGUUUUUCUUUUCCAUUAGAUAUUUUGUUUUAAAGAGAAGAAGAAAAGUGUGUGCGCUUUGGUGGGAGGAGGGGUCACAGGCCUCACUCCAGUGUGGCCCCCUCCCUCCUUCACGUGUACAACAGACUCAUUUAUACAUUUUGGGGUGGGUUUUUUUGUUUGUAGGGUUGGUUUUGUUAUUUUUAAAGCCUUGUUACAGAGGUGGAUGUAGUUGCACAUUCUGGCCUGCUGUGGACCAUGAGACAGAUACCUGUGCGUUCCCGGAGGAGGGGGAGGGAUGCUGGGGGAUUCAGGCUAAAAGCAAUGGGUAGAGUUUUUACUACUGUGAAUGAGAUGGUAACUCCUGGGGGUGACCUCCUGUGACUUGUACAGUUGUGAACAACAAUCACAUGUGGUACUUUUCUCUUUCUCUCUCCCCCCCCCCCCCCCUUUUUUUUUGUUUAAACAUUGCACGUGCUACCGUUUUUCUUACAAAAUAGCUUGGUGGUACAUUAGCUUCUUUAUAUUGUAAAAAAAAAAAAAAAGUCAUUAUCCAUCACAUCACGAUAAAAAUGCUUUCCAGCAAUCAAUUUAAAUAAAAAAGAAAAACACUUAAUUUACAAAUGGUA